CCAGCCCUCCAGUAUGCAGAUGUAUGAGGUCACGUGUCAGGGGCCGGGACCACUUCCUGUUGGAGGCCUGCGCGGGGCGGGGAAGGGGGCGCAAGCGCCCCGUCUGGCUGGAGCGGGGGGAGGGGGGUUCUUGUCAGUUAGAGCAACAAGAUGGCCGCGGUGGCAGCUCCGCACCUCAGCGCGACGGCCCGGGGAGUCGCAGCCACCCCUGCCGACCCUGCCGUCCCACAGUCCUGAGCGCCGCCCCGGCCAAACCGCCGCCCCUGACCGGGCCGUCCCAACGGCCGCCGCGCUCCUGCCGUCGCCGUCGCGGGCCCGCCCGAGUCGGAGGCGGAGGGAGCGGAGCCGGCCGAACGCCCAGCGCAGCCGCCGCAGCCGUCACCGCUCGGGAGUCCGGGCCGCGCCGCAGCAGCCGUCCCGCCCGCGGGCGCUAGAAGGAGGGCGCGUCGCGGCGUCGCCGGGGCCGGACCUGGACCUGCCGGGACGCGCCGCCGCCCACCCGCCUGCGCCGCCGCCGCCGCCGCCGCCGCCUGCUCCGGGACCUGAGCCCGCGGCGCCGGCGCUGAGCGGGCCCCCGCCGUCCGAGCGCCCCGCAGGCCCCGGGUCAGCCGUUCGAGCUGUCGUGGUCGUCGCCGCCGCCGCUAGGCCAGCGCCGCGGGAGCCCCGCCGAGGAGCCGCCGCCGCGGCCGCCGGGGACGGAGCCCAGGGAGAAAGAACAAGAAACACAAAAAGAGGAACGUUUGAUGGAAGAAAAGAAAAAGAAAAAGCAGGAAGAAAAGAAAAAGAAGGAAGGUGCUCAGAAAAAGUGCCAGAACCUACAAAGACCUGUUCCAGCCAGCCCCAACCUGCCAGUACCAGUACCAGUACUUCCACCAGCACUCUCUCCAGUAGCAGCAAUGGCAAACGCACACCUGCCAGUGGCCAGCAGCCAGCUGCAUCCCGUUACCUGCCUCGUGAGGUGCCUCCACGCUUCCGCCAGCAAGAACAGAAGCAGCUAUUAAAGAGAGGUCAGCCAUUGCCUACCGGGACUCUGACCAGUGUGAGCCCUACCCAGGGAGCUGGGUCCACAGGGGUGAGCCCCCCUCCCCUCCCCGGAGCUGGAGCUGGAGCUGGAGCUGGAGCACAGCAGCAUCCCAGUAAGCUCCAACCAGAUCUCACUCACGGUGGAUUGGCAGAUCAUUAUGAGAAUCCCCACUGGGGACAGCAGCCCAAUUACAGAAGCGAAGCCAACUGCUGCUGGGAUAAAGUGAUAAUAGACAGGACUGAUAAAGAGGCGUGGCCUUCCAUCACAGGAACAGAGACUGAAUCUGCCUCAGAAUGUACUACAGACACUGACUCUGCCUCCAACUGUGGCUCAGAGAACAGUAGCAUGGCUACAGGGAGUGCCCAGGGCAACUUCACUGGACAUACCAAGAAGACUAAUGGCAAUAAUGGCACCAAUGGCGCACUCGUCCAAAGCCCUUCUAAUCCGAGUGCCCUUGGAGCAGGGGGAGCAAACGGGAAUGGAAACGCAGCCAGAGUGUGGGGUGUAGCUGCAGGUUCCAGCUCCGGCCUCACCCACUGCUCUCUUGGUGGUGGGGAUGGGAAAAUGGACAAUAUGAUUGGAGAUGGAAGAAGUCAGAAUUGCUGGGGUGCUUCCAACUCCAAUGCUGGCAUUAAUCUUAACCUUAACCCUAAUGCCAACCCAGCUGCCUGGCCUGUACUUGGACAUGAAGGAACUGUGGCAACAGGCAACCCUUCCAGUAUUUGCAGUCCAGUCAGUGCCAUCGGCCAAAAUCUGGGCAACCAGAAUGGGAACCCAGCAGGUACUUUAGGUGCCUGGGGAAACUUGCUACCGCAAGAGAGCACAGAACCACAGACAUCCACUUCUCAGAAUGUGUCUUUCAGCGUACAACCUCAGAACCUUAACACUGAUGGACCAAAUAACACUAACCCCAUGAACUCUUCACCAAACCCUAUCAAUGCAAUGCAGACAAAUGGACUGCCAAACUGGGGCAUGGCUGUUGGUAUGGGAGCCAUCAUCCCACCCCACCUGCAAGGCCUUCCUGGUGCUAAGGGAUCAUCAGUUUCCCAAGUCAGUGGGGGUGGUGGUGAAGGAAUCAGCAAUUCUGUGUGGGGACUGUCCCCAGGUAACCCUGCCACAGGAAAUAACAAUUCUGGGUUCAAUCAGGGGAAUGGAGACACUGUGAACUCAGCAUUAAGUGCUAAACAAAAUGGAUCCAGCAGUGCUGUACAAAAAGAAGGAAAUGGAGGAAACGUUUGGGAUUCCGGACCUCCUGCUGGUCCCGGAAUACUCACUUGGGGGAGGGGCAGUGGCAACAGUGGUGUUAGUAAUAUCCAUGCGGGAGCUUGGGGCCACCCCAGCCGAAGCACCUCCUCUAAUGGUGUGAAUGGGGAGUGGGGAAAGCCCCCCAACCAGCAUUCCAAUAGUGACAUCAAUGGGAAAGGAUCAACAGGGUGGGACAGUCCUGGUAUGAGCAGCCAGAACCCUGCCAUGCAGCCUGGUAGUGAACACAUGAACUCCUGGGCCAAAGCUGCGUCUUCUGGCACUACAGCAAGUGAAGGAAGUGGCGAUGGUUCUGGCAGUCACAAUGAAGGAAGCACUGGGAGGGAAGGAGUAGAAGGACGAAGGCGAGAGAAGGGGAUUUUAGACCAAGGGCACAUCCAAUUGCCAAGGAAUGAUCUUGACCCAAGAGUUCUGUCUAAUACUGGUUGGGGACAGACUCCAGUAAAGCAAAACACUGCCUGGGAAUUUGAAGAAUCCCCUAGGUCUGAGAGGAAAAAUGACAAUGGGACAGAGGCCUGGGGUUGUGCAGCUACUCAGCCUUCCAACUCAAGCGGGAAGAACGAUGGGUCCAUCAUGGACAGUACAAAUACCUCUUCAGUAUCUGGGUGGGCCAGCUCCCCGACAGCUGCUGUGCCAGCGAACACAGGUUGGGGAGACAGCAGCAACAAAGCGCCAAAUGGCCCAGGGGUUUGGGGGGACUCAAUAAGCUCUACUGCUGUUAAUAAUGCUGCUGCUGCCAAGAGCGGCCACACUUGGAGUGGGACCGUAAAUCAGGAGGACAAGUCACCCACCUGGGGUGAGCCUCAGAAACCCAAAUCUCAAAACUGGGGAGAUGGACAGAAGUCUAAUCCAGCCUGGAGUGCAGGAGGGGGAGACUGGGCAGAUUCAUCUGUCAUUGGACACUUGGGGGAUGGGACAAAAAAUGGCUCUGGAUGGGAUGCUGACAGUAAUCGAUCAGGGUCUGGUUGGAAUGAUACUACAAGGUCUGGGACCAGUGGCUGGGGCAAUGGCACAAAUGCCAAGGUGAAUCCAGGUACAAACUGGGGAGAGUCUUUAAAACCUGGCCCCCAACAGAACUGGGCCAACAAACCCUCAGACAACAAUGUGAGUAACUGGGGAGGAGCUGCUUCUGUUAAACAGACAGGUACAGGGUGGGUCGGGGGCCCGGUCCCUGUCAAGCAGAAGGACAGCAGGGAAGCCACAGGCUGGGAAGAGCCUUCUCCACCAUCCAUUCGACGCAAAAUGGAAAUUGAUGAUGGUACCUCAGCUUGGGGUGACCCGAGCCAUUACAACAAUAAAACUGUAAACAUGUGGGACAGAAACAACCCAGGCAUCCAGAACAGUACCACAGCCAACACCACCACCACCACCACCACCAGUAACAGCACGAGCUCGGGUGAAGCACCGCCAGUACACCCAGCCAGCACCCAGCUGACUCGGUCACCGCUGCUUGGCCCAGUGUCCUCAGGCUGGGGAGAAAUGCCUAAUGUUCAUUCAAAGGCUGAAAACUCUUGGGGAGAACCAUCCUCCCCGUCUUCCUUGGUUGAUAAUGGCACAGCAGCAUGGGGCAAGCCACCCAGCAGUGGCAGCGGCUGGGGAGAUCAGCCUCCAGAACCAGCAGUGACAUUUGGAAGAGUUGGCGCUCCUGCUACUGCCCCAGCCCUAUGCAAACCAGCUUCAAAAUCUAUGCAAGAAGGCUGGGGCAGUGGUGGGGAUGACAUGAACCUCGGUACCAGUCAGUGGGAAGAUGAAGAAGGGGGCAUGUGGAACAAUGUUGCCUCCCAGGACAGCACCUCCUCCUGCAGCUCCUGGGGGAAUGCCCCCAAGAAAGGACUCCAAAAGGGCAUGAAAACGUCUGGCAAACAGGAUGAGGCCUGGAUCAUGAACCGGUUGAUCAAACAACUCACAGACAUGGGCUUCCCGAGAGAGCCAGCUGAAGAGGCCUUGAAGAGUAAUAAUAUGAAUCUUGAUCAGGCCAUGAGUGCUCUGCUGGAAAAGAAGGUGGACAUGGACAAGCGAGGCCUGGGAGUUUCUGACUACAAUGGAAUGGUCACCAAACCCCUUGGCUGCCGUCCACCAAUCUCCAAAGAGUCUUCCGUGGACCGCCCCACCUUUCUUGACAAGCUCACCCUUUCUUUCUCCAAUCAGGAUGGCGGCCUAGUGGAAGAGCCCACGACUUCACCAUUUUUGCCUUCACCAAGCCUGAAGCUCCCCCUUUCAAACAGUGCACUCCCUAAUCAGGCCCUGGGUGGGGUUGCCUCAGGGCUGGGCAUGCAAAACUUGAAUUCUUCUCGACAGAUCCCGAGUGGCAAUCUGGGCAUGUUUGGCAGCAGUGGAGCAGCACAAGCCAGGACAAUGCAGCAGCCGCCGCAGCCCCCCGCGCCGCCUCUGAACUCCUCCCAGCCCAGCCUCCGCGCUCAAGUGCCUCAGUUUCUAACCCCUCAGGUUCAAGCACAGCUUUUGCAGUUUGCAGCAAAAAACAUUGGUCUCAACCCUGCACUAUUAACCUCGCCAAUUAAUCCUCAGCAUAUGACGAUGUUGAACCAGCUCUAUCAGCUGCAGCUGGCAUACCAACGUUUACAAAUCCAGCAGCAGAUGCUACAGGCCCAGCGUAAUGUUUCCGGACCCAUGAGACAACAGGAGCAGCAAGUUGCACGCACAAUCACUAACCUGCAGCAGCAGAUCCAACAGCACCAGCGCCAGCUGGCCCAGGCCCUGCUCGUGAAGCCACCACCCCCGCCGCACCUGUCUCUGCACCCCUCUGCAGGCAAAUCGGCCAUGGACAGCUUCCCCCCUCACCCCCAGACCCCCGGCCUACCUGACCUGCAGACCAAAGAGCAGCAGUCUUCACCCAACACCUUUGCUCCUUACCCUCUUGCUGGACUGAACCCGAACAUGAAUGUCAGCAGUAUGGACAUGACUGGUGGUUUGUCAGUGAAGGACCCAUCCCAGUCCCAGUCGCGCCUCCCUCAGUGGACACACCCCAACCCAAUGGAUAACUUGCCCGGUGCUGCUUCUCCUCUUGAUCAGAACCCUAGUAAGCAUGGUGCUGUCCCUGGAGGUCUAAGCAUUGGGCCUCCAGCUAAGUCCUCCAUUGAUGACUCCUAUGGCCGGUACGAUUUAAUCCAGAACAGUGAGUCACCAGCCAGUCCUCCUGUAGCUGUUCCCCAUAGCUGGUCACGUGCCAAAUCUGACAGCGAUAAAAUCUCAAAUGGCUCCAGCAUCAGUUGGCCCCCAGAAUUCCAUCCUGGAGUUCCAUGGAAAGGGCUUCAGAAUAUAGAUCCUGAGAAUGACCCUGAUGUCACUCCUGGAAGUGUCCCCACGGGGCCUACUAUCAAUACCACCAUACAGGAUGUCAACCGCUACCUCCUCAAGAGUGGAGGGUCUUCCCCACCAUCAUCUCAGAAUGCCACGCUGCCUUCCUCGAGUGCCUGGCCGCUCAGUGCCUCCGGCUACAGUCGCUCUUUCAGCAGCCUUGCGCCCGCACCUAGUAUUACAGGUAAGCUGUCAGACAUUAAAUCAACGUGGUCCUCUGGCCCUGCCUCCCACACGCAAGCCUCUCUAUCUCACGAGCUGUGGAAGGUGCCCAGAAACACUACUGCACCCACCAGGCCACCUCCAGGGUUAACCAAUCCCAAGCCUUCCUCCACCUGGGGAGCCAGCCCCCUCGGCUGGACCAGCUCUUACUCCUCAGGUUCUGCUUGGAGCACUGACACCUCAGGAAGAGCAAGCAGCUGGCUCGUUCUUCGGAACCUCACACCCCAGAUUGAUGGCUCCACCCUCCGGACGCUGUGUUUGCAGCAUGGUCCUCUCAUCACAUUCCACCUGAACCUGACACAAGGCAACGCCGUGGUCCGGUACAGCUCCAAGGAGGAGGCUGCCAAGGCCCAGAAGUCCCUACACAUGUGUGUUCUGGGAAACACUACCAUCCUGGCCGAGUUUGCUGGUGAAGAAGAAGUGAAUCGUUUCUUAGCCCAAGGCCAACCGCUGCCACCCACCUCCAGCUGGCAGUCCAGCUCUGGGACCAACCAGACUCGACUGGGCACCUCAGGCAGUUCCCAUGGCCUGGUGCGGAGCGAUGCGGGCCACUGGAAUGCAGCAGCGUGCCUGGCCAGCAAAGGGAGCAGCGACUUGCUGUGGGGUGGGGUUCCCCAGUACUCAAGCAGCCUGUGGGGUCCACCCAGCACCGAUGAUGGCAGGGUGAUCGGAAGCCCCACCCCACUGAAUACUCUGCUUCCUGGUGACCUCCUCAGUGGGGAGUCCAUCUAGGCCUGAGAGGACCCCUGGGCACCACAGUCAUCAGCACUAGGAGGAAAAGCUGACCCUUCCCAGUCUGGGCGGCGCCGAGGACCCCGCUUGACCCACGCAGCCCAGCAGCCCUUCCGAGUACCUCUGUCCAGAACUGAAGACAAACCUUCGCCGCGGCUCUUGAGAACUGUUCCCGAGACAGUGCGGGCUGCGCUUGGGCAGUGUCACAUGCUAAUGACAGGUUGUUUCUCAUA